UGGAAGGUAACUGAAGGUAACAAGAGCAUUUAGCAUUUCUUGAAUUAUACGAAAAUUUUUUAUAAAAUUCGUUAUGCUUUGAAAUCCUGGAUUAAAAAGAAUUUAUUCGUGUAUAAAUAUGGUAAUGUUGACGUAACUAAGGUGUAACUUGUAAAUAUAUUCAUAUCAAAUGAAAUGGACUCCGAAAAAUCCGAAGCUCUAUUACAAUGGGUUCAGUUGAUCAUCAGUGGACAUAUUUCAUCACUGGAAGAGUUGUCUGACCCUAAGAUACUUUUACAAAUUAUUCAUUACGUUGAUCAGAAUAAAAUAAAUGAUGAAGAAAAAGUUCUAAAAACUGUGGUCAAUCAUUUGGAGUGCUUUUAUCAACAGUCGUUAUAUGAUGUUAUCAAAUGUAAUGAUAAUAACAUGGACAUAUUGAAUGUUGGCAAGAUCCUUAUUCUCAUCUUAUCUAUGUCUGUGCAAGCUGAAAAUGCAUUUGAUUGUGUGGAAAAAAUCACAAGUUUAGGAGAAAAUUUGCAAAACCAAAUAAAAGUGAUGAUUGAAGCAGUUUUACAGGCGUGUGGCAAUGGCAAAAUUGAUUCAAAUAAUCUGACCCGUGUGCUAUGUCAGUCAGAUUCAUUACCUGAAGCUAACUCUAUAAAAGAAUUUUAUGAUUCACCAACAAUUAUGUCACCAAGUCCAUUUUAUUAUAACUCACCGAUCAAAACCCUGAUGGCAUCUCCUCAGAUGCAAAAUAGGAAAAGUCAGGCAACAAUUUCAAAGCUGUACAACAAAUUAAAUCAGUUUCAGAUGCAAAUCAAUCGUUUAAAGCAGGCUCAAAUUGAGCUUAAACAAGAAACGGAACAACUUCGUCAACAACUUGAUGAAAAAGAAACGAAAAUUCAGUUGCUGAGAAAGGAAGCGACAAAAGUUGUACCCUUGCAAGAAGAAAUAAAUUCUUUAACGCAAUUUGAAGGGGAAGUUGAUGAAAUAGCUGAAAAAUAUGACAAGUUGCAAAAAUCAACGAAAGAAUUGGAAAAUUAUAAGAAAAGUUUUCUUAUAAUGGAGAAGGAUUUUGCUAAACUUGAAAAAGACAAGAAAGCAGAAAGACGUGAACUUGACGAUCAAAUAAGCAACUUGCGCCAGAGAUAUGCUGAAGAAAUAAAGGCAACAGAAAAAUUGCUUGAAAAAAGCAAUGUAGACUGUCACGACUUGCAAAAACAAAUUGUUCAAAUAAAAGCCGAAAAGGAAGAAAUUUCUAAAGCAAUGCAAUAUCAGGAAAAUGGUCAUCGAACAGAGAUUGAGAUACUAAAAAAGACUUUGGCUGAAUGCAAGGAGUCAAGAGAUAAAAUCCUCUUAAAAAGUGAUAAUGAUGUUUUACAACAAAUAGCUAGAGAGUCUGAAUUAAAACAGUGUUUUCGAGAACAAAAGGACGCUUUGCAGUCGUCACUUGAUGAAGUUUUGCUAGAAAAUGCUGACGUAAAGCAUAAAAUGGAAACAGUACAACAAAAGUGGCAUCAAGCAGUGAAUGAAAAUCACAAUCUUCAGGCAACUUUGACCUCUUGCGAACUUGAACUUAAUCAGUCGCGAAAGAAAUAUGACAGUUUGCAAAAUGAUUUCAAUUCUUUUGAAAUUGAAACAAAUGAAAAAAUGGACGAAUUAGUAAAGGCAAACGAGCACCUAAAAGAAAUGUUAAAAAUAAGAAAAUCACCAGAAGAUUGUGAGGUUGCCGGUCUCAACAGCAAUUUACAGGAUCAAUCCAGAUCCUUCACUAACGAAUUGCAUGAAGCAAAGCAGAUACCCUGGGAAUUUGAAAAAUUGAAAGAAACAUCCUCUUCAAAAACUUCUACCUCUACCGAUGGAAAUCUGUUUAACCAUGAUUCACUGACGGAAAAGCCUGAAGCAAAUGCAUUUUCGCCAGAUGAUGUUAAAAGAGAAAUGAAGGAUGUCGAUAAUGAUAUAUCCAAGAUGUCUGCUUUAUUAUUUAACGUACAAAAUAAAGUUAUGAAGAAUUUACUACAUGUUACUGAACAAGAAUCAUCCAUUGAAGGAAGAGAGCUCAAUAUGGAUAGAAUACAAGCUAUCUUGCGAGAUGUUUUUUCUAUGUCAAGAAAUGAAGUAAUCGCAUUUUGUAAAGAAAAUUCAUGUGGAGAAUUUUCAGUCGAUGACAAUUUUGAAAUUUUGCUCAAACAAAAGGAGAAAUUAAUGGAAGAGUUAAAGAAUGAACGUUGUAAAAAUAAAGAAUAUCGGUGCAAACUUAAAGAUAACGAAAGAACUAUAAACACAGUGAAAAAUGAUAAUAUGAACUUGGAGUUAAAGGUUGUCUGCGUAAAGAAUCAAAUGAAAGACAAGGAUAAAGAAAAUCGAAAGUUGAGAGAAAAGGUGAAAAUACUCGAUAAAAAGUUAUUGGAAGAAGAGUUUAUUAAUAAACGUUUAGCUGUUGAAGCUCGUACCGCUGAGGCUCAGUUAGCUCACACAGAACGUCAGUUAAAAACACAGACGUUUGAGGACUAUGAUAAAAUGGACUGUAGCAGUCAAUUACAAAAACCAAUAAGAAGGAUUGCUGAAAAUAUUUCAUCGGAAAGUAUGACGGAAGAUUCUCUUGUUGCUAAUGAUUCUAUUUUGUUGGAAUCUUCUGUUAAAGAAAGCAAUAGCUUAGAGAACACAAAUAUUCACACAUCAUGUGGUAGCAUUCAUCAAGAUAGAGUCCUUCGAAAAUUACGUCGUCGUAGCGCCGUUUAUUCAAAUGAAAACUUUAAAAAACCUUUAGUACAAAACAAGGCAUGUUCAACUGUCGGUACUGAAUCCUUUGUUGUUGGUCAAUUUACCAACACUAUGGCUGAAGAACCGGAUGAACAUCAUUACGAAUGGGAUCGAAUUCUUGAACUAAAGAAACGUAAUUCAUACUGUGUUCGUCAUCUUCGUUCGUCAUAUCCUGUUGAAACCCAAGUUUGUCCAACCAAAGAAUUUUUGGAGGAGGAUCUUAAGUCUGGAGUAAUAUCAGAAGAUACAAGUCAGUCCAGGAAACGACAGCGAGAUAGUAUCAGUUAUUAUGCAAGUAAAAAAACUGAUAAAAAUGUUCAUUCUUCAGUUAGUACAUCAAAAAGUCAAUUACAACAUAAAUGCACCACAGUUCAUUCAGCCGACAUAACUAAACCCUUCAGAAAUCCUCUACUGGAAAAAAAAUCUGAAAAUAUUGAACCUGUAGAUCGUCGUGAAAGUAUUGCAUUUAAAAUCGAUAUUACUCCUGUGAAGAAAGCUCGUAAGUCAGCAAUGCCUCCUCGAGAUCCUGGCUUAUUUGAGGAAAAAAAGAAAGGCUACACGACAAAAGACACUUAAAUUUCCAACAGAGAAAUUUCCUUCUCAACAAUGAAGAAAACCUCUGUCAGACAUGAAGAAAAACUCUGUCAGAAAUGAAGAAAAACUAUGUUCUGGACGUUUAAAUCAAAAUGUUUAGAUUUAUUUAUAGUUGCUGUUUGUACAUAAAUUUUAAAUUAUUUAGUUAAAAAUUCUAUCUAUUUUUGUAGUAGGGACUGCUGAGCAUUAAAGGCAGCGUUUGUUGGGCUUUAUGCUCUUUAAUAAUCUUGCUGUCAUUUUCAAUUUUUCAAGUGUCCUUGCACCCGAGUACGGCCUUCGAUACCCCCAAAAACAAAAAUGCUUUGCGUCUACAGCAUUUCAGUAAAUACAUUUACUAUUUUCACCCAUUUUUACUCUAGUCUUGCUAUUAGAUGUACUGUAUGAAGAUUAUUAGAAUGAAGUUUUCUAACAUAUACUGAUUAACGCAGUUGUAAAAUAACUUAUAUGAACGACUUUCAUACAACCGUUAUAAUUAAACAUUAAUUUCAUCAUUUCA